AUGGAGCCAUUUAAACUAAUGGGUUGGGAAUCUGUUGGUCCUAUCAGUACCCAUUUAACUUACAGAGAUCGUAUUACUGCUAUAAAGAAUAGGGAAUUUCCACUUGGUAAGUUUGGAAAACCAGUUUUCAUGGCUAAUUCUAUCAAAGGUACUUUGAGACUGAUCAUAAAAAAAGGCUGGAAAGAAAAUGCUUUCAAUCAAUUUGUUAGUGAUUUGAUACCCAUAGACCGUCCUUUGCUGGAUUUCCGAGAUAAAUGGUGUCUGGAGAGAUAUUCAUCAAAAUUAUUACCAGAAGUGUCGGUGGUAAUAUGUUUUUUCAAUGAGGCUUGGUCUACCCUUCUCAGAACGCUUCAUUCAGUUUUAAACAGAUCGCCCCCGCAUCUAUUGAGAGAGGUCCUAUUGAUUGAUGAUUUUUCUGACAUGGAUCAUCUUAAAGUUCGUUUAGAAAAUUAUACUCGAAACUUCCCCAAAGUUAAUUUAAUACGAACUUCACAAAGAGAGGGAUUAAUAAGAGCACGAAUCGUUGGUGCUAAAAAGGCAUCUGCCCCUGUUAUAGUUUUUCUCGACAGUCAUUGUGAAUGUACUAACGGUUGGUUGGAACCUUUAUUAGAACGCUUGGUUGAAAAUCCAAAAAUAGUUGCAAGUCCAGUUAUUGAUCAUAUCGACCCAAACACAUUUGAAUAUAUUUCUCAAAAUCCAAAAGACAUUUAUAUUGGAGGUUUUAACUGGAAUUUAAAAUUUAUAUGGAGAUCAAUACCGACAGAUUACAAAAGAGAACAUUUUCUGUUACCAAUCAAAACACCUACUAUAGCAGGGGGCUUAUUUGCCAUAGAUAAGGAGUUUUUUUACUGUAUAGGAUAUUAUGAUGAGGGUUUUGAUGUAUGGGGAGGGGAGAACUUAGAAUUGUCAUUCAAGGUGUGGAUGUGUGGGGGCUCUUUGGAAAUCGUUCCUUGUUCUCAUGUGGGACAUAUUUUUAGGGCAAAUUUUCCUUAUUACACUUCGGGAGAAUCAUUUAAACGAAAUGCUGCGCGAUUGGCUGAGGUUUGGCUAGAUGAUUAUGCAAAAUAUUUCUACGAGAGAAUCGGUAAUGCGGAGGUUAGUUUUGGCGAUGUUACCGCACAAAAAGAAUUAAGAAAGAAGUUAAAAUGCAAAUCAUUUAAUUGGUAUCUACGUAAUAUUUAUCCUGAAAAGAAAAUACCGAAAAGUAACGUAGCUAGUGGACAGAUUUACAAUAUUGGGAAUAUAGCUGUUUGUCUUGAUGCUUCUGUUGCACCUCCACAAGUCACGGGCUUAAUUCAUGUUAUGCCCUGUCAUGGUCAGGGAGGAGCUCAGUUUUGGGAGUAUACCAAAGAUGGAAAAAUUCAACAUGAAGACUAUUGCCUUGAUUAUCUUUUUGGGUUAAUUACUCUUUUCUCAUGCCGCGAUCGAGCUGUGACACAAGUUUGGCUGUAUGAAACAAAGACGAAAUUUAUUCAACACAUACAGACACAACAAUGUAUUAAAAUAUUUAAAGAUCAAAAUGAACUUACCCUCAAACUGGUGGAAUGUAUGAAUGAUACAACACAAGUUUGGAGUAUGGAAAAUUAUAACAUUGAGAAUUUACAACCUGAACUACAAAUAUAUGCCAAGACUGAUAAUUAA